AUGGAGGAAAUUGUCAGUGAGAUGAACUUCGAUGAAGGCAUUGCCAUGCCAGUAGCAAAUCUGGAGAAUAAACAGCUGGAAAGUGAGGUAAGGGUUUGUUCAGGAAAACAAAAUAGAUACGUACAAUACACGUUCGUAUUUUCAAAAUGACAGAAAUGUGCUAUUUAACAUAAUUUACCACAUGUUCAUAAAUUUAGAAUUUUAAAUUAAAAGCAAGAUUUCUGCACAAUCCUAUACCUUCUGCAGGGAUUUUUCCACGCGCACUCUCUUUAUACUAGAUGUUUUCUCCCUAUGCCACAAGGAGAUUGCAGGGCUAUUGCUAUAUAGGUUUAUAAACUCUGUAUUGCUCAAUCAGUCCUAGUGAGCCCAUUCCCCCCUUGGAAGUUUGCUGCAUGUAGCAUUUACAUAUAUCAUCUUGCAGCUAUCCUAUAUUCAUACCAUCUUGCCAAGAUCACAUACCUUGGCAUGAUUACCGAGGGAAGGGAUUGUGAAAUCUUGCCAAGAUCAAGCCUUUCACGAGACUAUUUGGUGGAAAUUGAAUUCAUAUUCCUUGUUAAUGGUUACUUAACAAAUAAUCUAGAAUAAUAUUGUAAGUUGUGCAUGUGAAAUUGCUCUGUAUAUAUUUGAUCAAUGGUCUCGAUCCUCAGGUGUAACAUGCAUGCGUAAUGUAUAUGAGUUGGCAGGUCUGGAACUGAGGAGUUUGUCCAGAUUUUUUGAGUCACAAAGUGAGGUUUUCCAACAAACUAUGGGCUUGUUCAAAAAAACGGGUUUGAACAUGUUAUCACUUAAUGAAAAUCCGUCUUCUCAACUCAAAAGUUUGAUGACUGACUUGUGUAAGGCUUAGUUCAGACGCCGUACUUUUCAUGUGCCGAACCUAACUGAAUAAGUUCGACUUUGGAGCGACACUGGCGCAACAUCUGAUUCAGACGGCGUACCGUGUGUCGAACCUAAGUUAAGGUCGACAAAAGUUUGACAGACUCUGUCAAACUUAACGCUUUUGCCGCACCAAACUAAAACUGCCGUACCAAAUUGAUUCAGACGCCGCUCUUUUGCCGUACGUAAUUCAUCAGUAAGGUUCGGCACAUAAGUGAACCAGGCCUAAGACUAACAAUCUGACUGAUAUGCAUCCCUAAAGACACAAAAUUUUACAGAUGUUUUUUAGUGGUAACAAGUUUAUGCUACUCACCAAUUUCCUUGUCAAAACACUGUGGUUAGAAUCUCUUCUAAACAACAAGGUAAUCUUAGAAUUUUGGCUGACAGUGUUCUGUCAUCCAAAAUGAUAUUUUGUUUUUAGGUAAAGUCUAACCAAAAUUUUUCUCUCCAAGAUAACUGACACGCAGAAGAAUAUAACGUCCUAUAAAGAACAACAGGAUGAACACUCUGAUAGAAUCUAUGCUAUGAGUGAGCACCUGAGAAAUGUACAGCAAGAACUACAACAUACACAGGUAAACAAAGCUCACUGCACUUGCCAAGCUAACAAAUGAUAAAAGAAAUGAAUAAUCACUUGACUUUCAGUAAUAAGCCGAAAAAAAGUAAGACUGAGAGGUGAUGAGUUUUUUUUAGUAUAUUUGUUUACUUAUUUUUAUGCACAGGAUUUGCUGAAUGCAAGAAAGAGAGAAAUAGAGACUGAAAACCACAUGAAGCAAAUUGGUAUGUACAUGUAAGAUGUGAUAUGUUUUUUUACGCUCAAGGGAACUGCUUAAUUAUAGUCUAUUCUGAUUAUGGUAACACUGAUCCACUUUUGUUUUCUAUUUAGCUCAACGAGAAGAGGGAAGGCUCAAUAAUGAAAUUAGGAGAGUGAAUAAUGAAAUAAAUGAUUUAACUGAGAAACGUAACAUCCAAGAGGUGAGAAAUUUAUUUUGAUGCAUAACUUGUUCUUGUUAUUGAUCAAACAAAUUCCAUCACAAAUCUAAGUAAUAGAAAGUGGUAGGUUUUAAGAGGGUAUCCAUCUUUCAUGGCUUGAUGUCUUAAGUUCUUCCUAUAUUUUGGAGUGGUUGUGUCCUACAAUAUUAGACAAGGAUAACUAAAAGGAUGAGAUUGUCUCAAUACUAAGCAAUGUUCACGCAUGAACCAGCACCGUUUUGGUGGGCAAAUGUGAUAGCUAUCAUCAUUCAAUUAUGGGUUUUAGCAAGAUUGUUGUUGUGGUGGAAACAAGUAAUCAACUGUUAGAAUUUUUAUCAUUUUGUGACUGGGAGAGGGCCUAACCUCCUACAAUAAAAAUACCAGUGUUAAAUUUUCUGACGAAAAAAGUAUAAUAAAUUUUUCCGAGGAUUAUAUUGUUUGGGAAAACGUUAAGAAACUCCAUUAACUACAAUUUUGAACCUACAAGUUUCUUCUUCAUGAUUUGGCCAGCCUGUUGGAGCAGACCAAGAUUUUAUAAGUUGACAUAGUACAACUAGUCCUAAAGUGGCUUGACUUAAACUAUUUCUUCUCCUUAUUAGAACAACAUUUUUAGGAACACACAACGUCUGGAGGAUUUAAAGAGCCAGAUGAACUGGGAUCAGAAAGCCUUGGAAGCCUGGCUGGAGGAAUCAGCCAGGAAAGAUGAAGAUGCACUGACUCUUCAAAAGUACACUCGUGCUGAUGAAGGCAAAGUAAAGGUUAGUAAUCCAAUUAAACGUAAGUGAAAUUUAAUUUAGAAAACAAAUAAGCGCAUGCAAAAUUACUGCUGUCAAAAAGGUUUGAUUUAAGAGCCCAUAUAUGGGAUUUUGCCCACAGAUGCAGACAUACGCAAAGUUAGUUUUUAGUGCUUUAGGCCUGUCAAACUCUUCAUGGACUGAAACCUUAGUUCCUUCAAUAAAGUAUGUUAUAAGGUCAAUAUUUGAAUCAAUUAAGGCUGGCUUAUUUAAUUUGGGUUGACCCAAUUAUUAAGUUCAAGUGGCCUACAUUGGAAUUUUUGCUGUGGAACAACUGAAUUUCUAAACGAAAUGAUGAAAUUACUAUUAUUCAUUUUGCAUGUACACUACCACUAUGAACUGAGUCUGACUGCUUAUAUAACUUUAAUGUCUGAAUCAACUGUUGAAUGUUUCAUUUGGGUCAGGACCCAAACAGAUAUAUUAAUUUGAGCAUGGCUAAAUGGAAAGUUCUAUGUUUGAAUUGGGCCUUAUUUAUCUUUUGUUAACUAUAGGAACUAACCCUAAGAAUGGAAAGAAUGACAGAUGAUGCUGCUAAGAAGAGGAGAGAACUGGAACAUGAGCUUACUCUUACCAUGACAGCUCAGGUACGGAGUCAUAAAUAGAGUAGACUAAACUUUUGCCUAAUAACCAGUGAUUUUGUCACAAAUACAGUUGUGGAAGCUCUCGUGAGUGGACACCCUCGUGACGAGAAAAAGGUGUUCAAAACUAACCGCUUACAGGAAUGUAAAAAUACAGAGUUUGUAUAGGGGUUGAGAAAAACAGGGAUUUGUGAAGGCAGCCGUUUGUAGAGCUGUUCACUUGCAAGUGUUGGUUAGAAAAGUUUCUAAUGUAGUUAUGGGGAGUCCUGGGACUCAUCUUGUGAAAAAUCAUGAGUCUCAGUUCAAAAACACAAGGAGUCAUGCAUGCAUGGGCCUUUAUGUAACCAGACAGUUAAUCUAGCUGGAGACAAAGACCAAAACUCUUAAUUACAGUUUACUGAAAUUAUUAAAAUAUAGUCCUUCUAUAUAUUUAAAGCACAAAAAAGGCUAUAAAAAUAAAUAUGCAUCUUUAAACAACAGCCACAGAAAUCACCCGAACAGGAUAUUCCACUAAGAAAUCUUCAAAUCAAUCAAUCAUUCUUUGCGUCCUACGUGACACAUACCAUGAAUUAUUUUGCAUCUUUGGGGAUUUUUAUGCGUCAGAAACACAGGACGCAGAGGAAGCAAAAUCACUGAAUAACUUAGUUGAUGCUGUUUGUGCUUUUUCUAUCAAAGAGAGGAAUUUCUUUACAUGUAUGUGUUGACCCUGCUGGGAGCAAGACGAAUGAAGGUUAUCAUUCAUUAGGGUAGAGGUUGAGGCUCACAGCAACUUUAUUCUUAAAAAUUAUAGUUACUGGAAGACCCUAAGUUAUAGUUUGUAUUCAUAAACUCACCAACACCCAAGAUGUAUAGUCAACUUCCUCUACAAUGCAGACAAUAUCUAAAAAAGUGUUUAUGCCUUUUAGAGCACCUUCCAUAAUGACCAAGGGCCAAAGGGUCUGUGUAGUAGAGGUGUCCUGUGAUCUAUACUUUGCAGAGGUUUUGUUUGGAGAGAGUUGAUGGCAGUUCAAUACUAUAGAAGGAUGGGAACCCAAAGAGUAAGGGAUAGAGGAGAUUUUACACCCUGUAUCUUCCCUUCCUCCCAAUGUAUAGGUCGAUAUUCAAAGAUGGUUUUUUCUUGUACUCAACAGUUUUUAAUGUUCGCGUUUUUAGAUUGAGUUAGACAAAACAGCUGAGGAGUUCCGCAAAGCACACAGUGAGCGACAAGAAUUGUUACGGCAGUGGGAGAAUACUAUUGAACAGAUGCAAAAGAGAGACAGAGAAAUGGACCAACUGGCUGUGGUAUGUUUAUAAUGUGGCACUGACCCAGGAUGAUUUGAGCUAUAAACUGUUCCAGACCUUGACUCUUGUGGGCAAUUCUUCCUGUCUGUUAGUGGGACCAUGCAAAGUUGAGCCAGAAGAUUGUAAUUGAUAUUUUUUAUGUUUUUAAAUGGCUUUAAUUACCUUUAGGGGACCAUCUCUCUGACGACGAAAACAAGUAAGUGUGCAAGCAAAAUGAUGAGUUUAAAAUGAUGAAAAAGAUGUUGUAUGUUCGACAACAAAGAACAAAUAAAAAGUAAAUGCUGGUCAUUUCUGAAAGCAUCUUUUAGCCACGAACCAUGAAUUUCCCUGUCAGGACAUUUCUUUGUAACUUUUUAGUUUUGGGCAAUUUACUGUAGAUUCAAGCAAGAAUAAUACAGUCUGAAAUAACUAAAAUAGAAUAAGAUUUAUGUUUUUUUCUCAUUCUACAGUCUACAUUAAUUUGGCAUAUGCAUUCAUCAUAUUGUCACAUAAACUUGUUAUUUUGCUUGUGCAUUCAGUAAGUUUUUUCCUCAAUAAAGCGACAGUCCCCUAAAAGUAACAAAAGUCAUUUGCUAACAUUUCACAGAGAAAUCUUGACUUAAGAGGACUCUAUUAUAAUUCAACCAUAAUGAUUACAUAAAGAGUACAUGAUUUUUACUGUUUUAGAAACUUGCUGAAGUAAAACUUGAAGUGAGAGACAGAGAGGAACAAGUUCAAGAAAAACAGGUGAAUUACAAUUUGUUUUCUGAGUGUAAAUAGUCAUCCUCCUUGUUUUGCUGUAUCACCAGAAACAUGGAGAUGAGAGGCUAUAUACAAUGAUUAGUAUGGGAAUUCAGAGCCCUUGACUGACUUAUUUUAUAUAUUUUUAAGUAUUUAAACUUUUCUAAAAUUGUAUUUUGUAUUAUCAUUUUCUUGAAAUGUUAGAAAUUUUUGGAGAGUGAGCUCGCCAACAAUCAAGAAAAAGAAAAGAAAGUUGGUAUGGCUGAGAGGCAGGCUGCCAAACUACGACUUGAGUACCAGGACUCUGAACAGAUCCGCAUUCAGUUCCAAGAUGAGGUAAAUUUAGCUAUUAAGAAGAUUUACAAGGAUGUUCUAUGAUUUGUUGGCUAAGUUACCUUUCGUACAUGAUAAAUGUUGUGGAAGUCAAACAUAAAUUAAUUUUUGAGUCACAAAUUCAUCUUUUCUAUGUCAGCCUGAGAAUGCACAAACAGAAUCAGUGUAAGUUUUGUCUCAAAAGGUGACAUUCAAGGUUGUGCCUAGAGGAAAUAUUAGGGAGUUAAAAGCAACAGGACAGCAGAAAGAAGAGGACAGCAAAAUGUUUGGGUGAAAGACAAUUUUUUAAAGCAAUCAAACACUAAUUUUUUGUUGCUUCAGAGAUGAAAGGCAAAUUUCAUGGUAAAAUUUUCUUUUAUAUUUUUUUAAUUUCCCUUUUCAGCUUGAUACCCUGAAAUACACUGUGGACAGAACUGCAAAAGAUUUAGAUAGUACCCGACAAAAAUACAAUUUACUGAAGAAGGAGGUUGCCAACAGGACAGAAAAGUAAGCUACAGCUUUGUUAUUCAUAAAAAUAAGAACUCAACAAAAUUUUGAACUUUUAGUUUAUAAAAUGCUGAAAACCAAAUUGGGCCACGUGAAAGCAUGGCUUAAGAUGUUUCAUUUGAAUGGUGACACGAUAGGGUUUCAUCCACAGACUCAAAAGUUAGCACUACAUACUAAAUAUCAUGUGAAAGUACUGCUAUAGACAUUUCAUGUGAAUGGUCACACUGUAGGAUUUCAUGCACAGACUCAAAAGUUUACACUAAAUAAAUAGUACACACUAUGUGAAAGCACAGCUGAAGAGGUUUCAUUUGAAUGUUCACACCAUGGGAUUUCAUCCACAGACUCAAAAGUUACAACCAUCAUAAAAAAAUGUCAGUUAUUCACUCUAGGAGUAAAACCUAGGUUAAAAAUAAUAUUAUGUUGCAUCUUUUUAAUAAAAUUCCCUCGUCUUUCUUUGCACCCAGUUUAAUUAUAUUUAAUUUCAUGUUGGUGUUAUCAUUAAAUGAUAAUAAAUUUUAUUAGGCUUGAGAGAGUUCAAAAAGAACGAGAUGAUCUGCAUCAACAGCUGAAAAUUGUGACGGAUGAAACUCUUACUGCUGAAGAAAAAGCGCAGAUGAUGGACAUGUUACUAAAGGAAGAAGAGGCUAGAAUUUACGAUGUGGAGAAACAGCUGAGCAGACUGCGGGAAACACAGGUUUAGUGUUAACUCUUUCAGUCCCCAGAGCCAUCAACACCAAUUUUCUUAAAAACAUUGAAAACAUAACCAAGAGAAAAUGUUAUGAGAAAUAGGAAAAUGAUCAUCUAAAGGAAAGUGCUUUGAUCUUUUGCAUCAGUAUAAAAAACCUCGUGUAAGCCAUAUGGGUAUGUACCGCCCGAAAGGGUAUGGCUUUUGUGCCGCUUUGGUCUGAAAACGGGUAAAGACUUUGCCCACUUUGGUGUGGAAUCGGAUAUGGUUUUGAAGUGUAUGAACCUAUUUAUAGUUUUAAUUCCAAAUGAAUAAGAAAGAAAGGGAAAUAUCCGAAUUUGAAGUGAAUUUUAAGAUAUCCUUUUUGUUGGCGUUCUUAUCAAAGUAAUGAUGACAUAAUUUCCUAGAGGCCAGGUCUGAAAACAGGUGUGAAAACAUUUUUUGGUCUGAAAUAGGGUCAGGAUUUGGCGAACUUGGCGGCACAACCCAACCAAGAAUUCCCAGGAGUAACCCCCCCAGCCCCCUCCCCUGGGAGCAGCCCAUCUACUCUUCUUCUAGUAGUAUAUUAACCUUUACCUCUCAUUUAGAGGAAAAUGCUGGUAUUGAUCCGGAUUAUUUGUAUUUAAUCCUAAAAAUCUUCCUGUAAUAAAAUUACUGGUUCCUUUUUUUCACUUCUCUAGUUCAGAAAAACAGAGGAACUUCACCAAUGCAAAGUUUUGGAGUCCAAUACUGCUGCAGAAAUUCAGGUAGGUUAAAUCAGAAGGGUUUUAUUUUCCUUUGUGGUUCACCAUUUGUAAGCAAGUGGCAUCACAUCCUAGGUAAUAAUUAGUAUCAUUAGUGUCAUAAAAAACUAAACUAACUAUUUUACAACUCCUUUGCAAGCCAAUUUUUCUUUGCUAUAAAGCAAAAAUGAAUACCAGGAGAUAAAAAAACAACUCUGUAAUAUAAUUUUUUCUUCCAAUGAUGAGAUUAAAUCAACUGUAGCCUGUAGCAAAUGUUUCCAACUAAGUUACCGUAUCGCACAAAAGUUGGAGGAAGAGUCAAAAAAGAAAUGGAAAAAGGGGGAAGGGAGGAGAAGCCUUGCCCUCCCCUUGCCCUCCCCCUUCACUCCUUUUUUUUUUGCUCUUGUCCCACCUUUCCGACGAACUCAUGCGGAAACGCUAGUUGUGCAGGCUAAAUCAACUAUUAUCUAAUCUGAUCUUGUCUCAUCACUUUCUAUAAUGUUUAAUACUUUUGUUUUUCUUUUUUGUGGGUGUUACCAGGGAGCUCGUGCAGCUAGUAGGAAUUUAAGCAGCAAACUUCACAAACUCGACCAGGAAUCACUUAAACAGCAAGAGAUCAUUUACAUGCAGGUUUGUUUUUGAAAAAAAAAAAACAAACACCCCGCACAUAAUGAAACCUCAACAACUUAAACUUAGUUAGAAUUAUUGAUAGGAAAGGUUGUUAUGAUCAAAGUAAGUAAUGAAAUGCAAAAUCUCUAAAGGUGAUUAUGCUAAACUGUCCUACAAGUUGAUUUUCCGUGAGUGACAAAGUUGCAAGUGCCAAAUUACUCGAGAGUACUCGGAUUUUUUCUUCCUAGCCGCCUGUGUCUUUGGCUGGAAAAAAAAAAACAUCUUUCUUGUGUAAUUACCAGGCUUGAGAAUCACCAUCACAGUAAUUUCUACCAAGCUGCAAGUAUUCUGUGCCGGGUCAAGUUUACAAGGACUUUUAAGUUAUCCCCCAGGUAUUGUCUUUUGACAGUGGCCUAUUGUUUUGAGACAGUACUUGAGAUAUGAUUAAGACUGAGGUGGCCUCACGAAUCCAGACUUCGAUUGAGGAUUCCAAGCAAAAACGAAACCUUACAGAAAUUCUACUCUUUUGUAUACCGGUAGUCCCGUUUUUGAUUUGCUCUUUUAAGCAAUAUUUUUGGUCAGUUUUUGGUCAAGGAUUAAGCACUGUACAAUAAUCAACAAUUAUUUUUGGAUGGUCUUAGGAUUUUCAGCUGCAGCAGUUGGAGCGUAGAAUAAGCCGUAUGCAGGGAGAGCGAAGCAAUGAAGAGAAGCUGCAGCUUGAAGCCAGGAUCAAGGUAAAGCUUAAAACCAACUAAGAUGGUGCAACAACACUAAAAAUAUGAAAGCACACUUAAUGAUCAACACAUUGGCCCNAUAAGCCGUAUGCAGGGAGAGCGAAGCAAUGAAGAGAAGCUGCAGCUUGAAGCCAGGAUCAAGGUAAAGCUUAAAACCAACUAAGAUGGUGCAACAACGCUAAAAAUAUGAAAGCACACUUUAUGAUCAACACAUUGGCCCCCGAACUACAACGGAAAGACGUCUAGUAUUUAUUCUUCAGCUAAUGGUAAACCUGAAUCGGUGGUUUUUACGCGAAUUUUUCUUAACGUUGAAAUUAUAAAAGUACAUUUUCUGAUCCACACAUUAGCCCCCAAACUACAUACACAGCACUGAAAAAUACACAGCAAUACUUGUUUCAUUAUAGUUGCCAAAGCGAUUGAAGUUGGUUCCGUUUGAUUUUUGCAGGAGCUGAUGUCGCAAAUGGAGGAACAUAACUCAACUCAUACGUUACUCAGUGCUCAAAUGAAGAACUUAAAUGUAAGUUUGUUGUUAAAUCUAAAUUUCUAUGGCCUUAAAGGCAGGGGCGGAUCCAGGAUUUUUUUUAGGAGGGGGUGCACUCGUCUCUUGCUGUACUUAAAAACCAAUAAACCACAUAGUUUUUUUUUUGCAGCAUACCAGUUGUAUUAGAAAACCGCCCGUCAUCUCAGGGGGGGGGGGGGCGCAUCCCCUGCACCCUCCCCCUAGAUCCGCUCCUGUAAGGUGUAUUUUAACUGACACGAAGGUGCAAAAAGCGUUUCAAGGUUGUCUUUUCUGUGCCUGAAUUUUUCUAAUUUACCAUGCUUUUGUUUCCAAGGAUGAUCUUCGUCGUGCAAACAGAGAUUUAAAUAAAGGAAAGGAUGACAUGAAGAACCUCACAAGCAAAAUUGGUAAGUACCUCUCUGAACUGGCAACCCAACUUUUAAAAGUGUUGUGAAGUGAUGAUCUGAGACUAGGAUUUCUGCUUGUGCGGUUUGACCUUUUUUCAAAAUUGUCGUUUUGCUAAUUUUUCUUUUCAGUCAGAUAAAUAUAUUGCAAAUUUCGUCUACCUUGGAAAAUAAGGUCUUAUUUCUUUGAUUCUUUUUCUACACGUGUGGUGCCUCUAAUCAAUCACUAGAGGUGUAGCUAAACGUUCUUUCCCUUUUAUUGCAGAGGAGCUGAAUCUUCACAAUGACAGUUCAGAGAGAGAAAGGAAGAAAGUUGUUGCCUUAAAACAGGUUUGUUUCUAUUUCGUAAAUCCUCACUAAUUUUAGUGGCUAUUAGAGGCAUAGCGUAAGUACGCAAGUCUGUAACAAAGCGUAUAGGUCCGUAAACAACUCGUAUAGCUGUUUAUCGGCUGCAAAAGAUACCUCCACGAAUCACCUGGAAGCGCAGUGAUCAUAGGGCUUCAACCAGGUCAAUCUUGAAACGGAGAUUCCACAUUCCGGUGCGAAAGCGGACGAUCUUGUUUUGUUUUGUUUUUCUCUUUGUUAUAUAUGUUGUUGUAACCUGAAAUCAGGCUCUAUUUUCGUUUCGCUUUGUAAAUAACAUUCCGGCGGACAUGGUAGUGGUAGCAGUUAGAGAGAAUGUAUGAGAACCACUCAAAUUGGGCCUGAUCUCAGGUUAUUCUUGUUGUUGUUCCGUUACACUGUUGUGGUAAUUCUUUUUGUUUUCAAAGACGGGAACAGCCAUGAAUGCUAAAAAGAGAUACGCAAUUUUUUAUGGGGAAAAGUAAAUUCUUAAAGUCUACGCGUAAAUGUAUAGAUUUAGUCAGGCAAGCAAAGCGUCCGUUGAUAUAUUUGUAAUAGAAGCAAUGAACUUUAACGUAAUAAACCUAAAGCCACGACAAAAAAAUCCGCAAAUUUAUACUGAACUUAAGAAACCUACGACUUAAUUUAAGAGGGGGUUUGGUGAUUUGAGAAAGAAAAAUCCCCUGAACACACAGACAUUAACGACAAAAAUAUUCCCGUACUCCCCGAGUCUGUACGGGCGUCUGGCGGGUGGUGUACGCGGACGAUGGAUUUCCAGUCUCUAUAGCAAUGAAGGCUGCGCUGCACGCGCUUCGCGCGCUCGGAAGCUCCGCUAUUAAUUGCUCCCGAUAGAUGAAUCAUCUGUGCGAGUCCUUUAAUUCGUCUUCAUUCGUCUUUUGUAGAACCUGAUGGUGGAUGAGAACAUUCUAAAGCUUGAGAUCAAACGACUCAGAGAGACUCUCAGUAAUAAAGCAGAUAAUGUGCUUAACCUUGAGAAGAGAAAACUUCAGCUAGAAACG